AUGGGUGUUACUAAGGUCACUACCACGGAAGGAACUGGCGCACAGCCACAACCAGGCCAGACAGUCAUCAUGCAUUACACUGGAAAACUCACAGAUGGAACCAAGUUCGACUCUUCUGUUGACCGUGGCUCUCCAUUCGAGACCGCUAUUGGAGUUGGCCGAGUCAUCAAAGGUUGGGAUGAGGCCGUUCCUACCAUGAGGGUUGGAGAGAAAGCAACCUUGACCAUCACUCCCGAUUACGGGUACGGUGCUCGUGGUGCUGGCAGGGUUAUCCCACCAAACGCGACUUUGAUCUUCGAUGUCGAGCUUUUGGGAAUCAAAUAG